AUGCCAACUGCAGCAGCAAGCUGCAGCAAGCAGCCAGCAGCGGCAGACGACGGCAAAGUGUCUUCUUGUGUCUUCAAAGAGAGCUGGUAGAAGAUGACCGUGAACGUUCCAUGGUCGACACUGAGGCCCAAUCCACGAGAUCAGCGCGAGAGAGCCGCGGCAGAGUUUCCAGGCGGCGGAAAGGCGCCGCCCUUGGACAAGGACGGGGAGCCUGAAAUCGCAUGGGAUGUCACGGACUUUGGCAAACGCAUGGCCUUUGGGGGCAUUGUCGGGGGCGUCACGGGGAUAACGUUCGGAGCAAUGGACGGCCAUCGAGCCAUCCGCGACGAUUCGAUGGGGAAAUUCCCGACCACAGCGCUCAAAACGAAGGAAUUCACGAGACUUACGGCUCUGUCGGGCACAAUUUUCACUGGGUUCUUCUGCACCUAUCAGGGGAUGAAGUACGGGGCGAAGCUGGCGCGAAAAGAGGACGAUUUCUGGAACGUUCUCAUCGCUUCGGCGGGGUCCUUCGCCCCCAUGCUGGUGGUGCCGGCAAUGCGCUCGCGGUAUCCCUACGCCGCGAUCCUCAUCGCGAUGGACACGCUCAACAACCACAUUUUGUAAAAAAAAUGGGCUUAUCAGGGGAGGCAGGGUGUGGUUGGUUGUUACGUAGACGUAGACAGACGUGGUUUGCGGGUGUUCGUAAGUUAUUGGUGAUGGGCGUUUCUUUGUGAAAACGGAAGGCAGCUUCUUACAGCUUCGAUCCUUGCGGCCAGCGCAAUACCGCAAGUGCGUAGUGGAUAAAGCCGUGCCGGAGCAUGUCUUGGCGGAGCUGGACAAAUUUAGAGUUGUGGCGAACGUACGAUUGUGUCGGGGUCCUUUCUGUGAGAGGUUUCAAUAUUUUGGUCUUAUCAGCAUCUUGGAGCCAACGAGUUGGUUCGGAGAACUCAUGGGUUGUUUGUCCCGUGUUUCAGGUUUCGUUAUUGCGCACGUUGAUGUACGAAUAAGAAUUUCCAGGAUUCUUCAUCAUGCUGCGCUCGACAUGUACGUUAAUCUGCGCGUUCGGUGUUGACCCCAAAACAACAUGUCAUAAACUGUAUGUCCUAGGUCUCCUGGCCAUUCGUUGCCUCCGUCCACCCCCAGAGAAACCGCACCGCCAAGUCCUCCCCGCCCUCCCAUAUGCUGCGGUAGCCCCACGUCAUCCCACAAGAGCGCCCACAUAACACCCGAAAACACUCGCUGUCGCAUGCCAACAUGUGAUUUCGCAGUACAAACACCAUGGACGCUCAAUGGUCAGACCUGCUGGACUGGAAUAUUUCGGCCGUCGUACACAUCGCACCGUCCGUUGCUCUGUCAAAAACGUUGCCUGAGCAAGUCUGCCUGUCUCGCGAAACUUCUGUGACAGCCAUCCAUUCUCCUGCCUAUCCCAUCCAAAUGCCUUCCGCAAGACGUCAAGUGCCUUGCAACAGGCGGGUCCGUUUUGCGAGACAAGGCGCAUCUAGAAGAGCGAUAUUUUCCCAAGACUUUUUUGGGCCAAGGAUCAACAGAGAUUAGCGCCCCCGGAACUUCGGUCAGCCCCGUUUAUCCUGAACUAACGCUGUUGUGGAAAAGUAUCUCAAGGUAGAUCCCCGUUGCCUGAAGUUGGGGGUGCGGCGUACAAACACACUUCAACACAUCGGAAACCAACCAGACCGUCGUUCUUCAGAACAACAGCAUUGAUUGCCACACACCAAGAACCCAUGUAGAUACAAUCUACGAGACGCAACACGCUUCGUCUUCUUGCUGCUUCCGGAGCUGCUUGGCCAUGUCGCCAAAUGCCAUCGCGCUGUCCUCGAGCUGGCGCGACCUAUCGACUAAAUGUUCCAAUUUCUCUCCUCUCUCGAUCGCCAGGUCGCGGGCUUCGCUAGCCGCCGCAUGGGCGCCGCUAACGCCGCCGCGAGCCCCGCCCACCGCCGACGUCUCACCGCCGCCGCCGGCCCCGGCUUCUCGCUGCCCGAACAGAGCAUCGCGUUGGUGCUGCUCCGUUUGCCCGCCCCCCAUGCCCCCUGCCGCACGACCGGAUGAACCGCCAGCGCUGGACGAAAGCAAGGAGCGUGUGCUCCCGCUGUCCCCACGUAUUGAAUCCUUUCGGAACGAGGGUUCGACAGCGAACACAUCGGCUAUGUUCUUUUUCGACCCGCCCAGCGACAGUCUGCCCAGCAUCCCCCUUGCGGAUCUCCCCCUGGAAGGCGACAGGGUCCCUCCGCCGCCGCCGC